GCCCGUUCGUUCCCCCAUCUCCUCGGAUGUAUCGAAGGACCUUUAAACCGUCCCAAGAUUGCAACGCGAUAAACCAGCAAACUUCUUUUAACAAAACAACUAUUUUCCGACCAGUCUCCAGUCCGGGCGACUUAAAAUACCCGCAACGAUGCCUCUGAACAACGAGCGUCCGCCCUCCACCUCGAGCGGCGACGAGCAAGGCAGCGACGGCGAGUCGCCGCCGCCGCCGGGGCGCUGCGACAGCGCCGCGUCGGCCAGCGACACGGACUGCUCGCGCGAGAGUUUCACCAGCGAGGGCUCCAGCAAGCACUGCACGCCGUCCUCGAGCCCUCCCAAUACGCUGAGCCUGGACGAGGUGAUGGGCUCCGCCAGGGACCUCUCCAACCUCAGCUUGUUCCACGAGAUCGUCGUCAACCGCGACUUCCACCUGGAGCCGCGCACCCUCCCCGAGGACGGUCUGUGGAAGAUGGUCCGCGACAACGUCCACAAGGCGUUCUGGGACAUCGUGGAGUCGGAGCUGAACGACGACCCGCCCGAGUACCGGCAAGCCAUCAAGCUGCUGGAGGAAAUCCGAGAGAUUUUGCUGUCCUUCCUCAACCCGGGCUCCAACCGCAUGCGGACGCAGAUCCUGGAGGCGCUGGACACGGACCUGAUCCGACAGCAGGCGGAAAACGACGCCGUGGACAUCGCGGGUCUCGCCUCGUACGUCAUCGGCGUCAUGGGAAAGUUGUGCGCUCCCGUCCGCGACCGCGAGAUCGAGAAACUGAAGGAGAGCUCGGGCGACAUCGUGACACUCUUCAGGGAGAUCUUCCGCGUCCUGGACCUGAUGAAGGCCGACGUGGUGAACCUGACCAUCGACAACCUGCGGCCAGUCAUGCAGAAGCAGAGCGUCGAGUACGAGAGGGCCAAGUUCCAGAGCAUCCUGGACAAGACGCCCGGUGCUUUGAAGCACACCGCCGCUUGGAUCAAAAUGACUUUUGAGGAGCUUCUGUCCACCAUGCCGAGCAAUCAGGGGAAAGGGCAGCCGUGUCUACCCGGACCCUUCCAGAUCCUUAAUGUGGCCUUCCUACACAUCCUCAUGUGGGACUACACCAAGCGACCGCUCCCUGAGACGUGGAUGACGGACGAGGGCCGCCUACGGGAGGUGCAGGCCCAGCUGAGGCGGUGGCAGGCGGUCGAUGAGGUUCUGCUCAUCGUUUACAGCACGGUCGGGGGGCCCGUCCAGGGCGUGGCGGCCCUGUCCGAGCGCCUCAAGAGGAUGACCGCCGUGCUGCUCGACAAUAUGCACAACCCGAGUUUUAGCCUGCAGGAGGCGUUGGUGGGCGUCGGCGCUCAGGUCUGCAGCGAGCUGAGCAAGUCCCUGGCGGAGAGGGGCUACCCCGCGCUGAGCCCGGCGCUGCAGGCCACCCUGACGGGCCAGAUCCGCAGCAUCGCCCACAAAGACAACCCCAUCCGCACUCUCGUCGAGGACCGCGUGCAGCACUACUUCACGGCGCUCAUCUGCGAUCCCAAACCUCAAGCCAGGCUGGAGCAAACGCCCGCCGGCCUCGCCGCCGUCGGGCCGGAGCUGGCCUCGCUGGCCGCCAAGUUCCUGUCCCUGGUCAACUACAACAAGGCCGUGUAUGGACCUUUCUACGCCGACAUCAUCAGGAAACUGAUGUUCAGCAGCGGCCCGCCCCCGCCGUCGCCGUCGCCGUCGCCGCCUUCCCCUCCUCAGGACUGCGUCACCCCCCAAUAAACUGGACACGUCCAUUUUGUUUCUCCUAGGAAUCGAGCUCACUUUACUUGCAGCAAAGUUUUUAAUACGCAACGCUUUUUCCCAACCUUUAUCUUGCAAAACAAAACGGCGCACAAAACCCCAAAAAACACUGAAGUCACGAAGAUGGGCCUGUUUAGCUUUAAGCCGUUAUUCUGCUUAUGAAUUUCCCGUUUAGCGGGAGCGCGUUUCAUUUUUCCGCCUGCCUGCACAUCGGAUGAAAGUGGUUGGCAAUCACUGGUUUUAAUUUAUACUUUUUAGCAUCCUAUAUUUAUGAGUCAUAUAUUUAGAAAAGUAUCGACACAGGUAUCUAUAACACAUUAUGGCUGUUUUAAAGUUGUAUUAUAUUUCAUAUUACAAAGGUCUUGGCUUCUUAAAGGAGCUAUUGAAAAAAAAUGGAUUUUUCUUGUAUGUUGUAUACGCGAGAACAUUUUUUGCGGUCGUCGUCUUUGCUUGUUUAACUUGGGGACGAUUUUCCAGACGUUUGUGCUGUACGUCACUUUGUGUGACGCGUGAUGUUUGUUACACGGCUCGGUACUGUAGUCUGUUACCGUAUUCCUGCAUUGGCUUGAUAGAACCAGCGUGGAUGCACAAAAAAAAAAAAAAAAGGUCAAAGGUGCUGAGCUCCAGAGCGAUUCUGCGUCCAACGUGGAUCCAAAGAUGUGCAGAACAGAAAAGCAAUUAUUUACCUGAACUGAAGUUUCUAUUCAAAAUGUUUCCUUCUGUAUGACAAUUAAUAUAAUAAAAAUUUUUAAAUCAUG